AAAGAUGAUAUGAGAUCUGAAUCCAGAAUCCGUCCCUUAUCCAGGAGUGCGGUAAAAGCUAACAAAGAGUUACGGAUUCCUAUGGGAUUGAGUGAGAACCUGACAACAACAACUUAUCCUUUUAUAAUUCUGGUCGAAACAAAGCGGUGCGAGAAGAGCACCAGAACAGAGUUUGAUUUCAUUCUUGUUUGAUUGGCAACUUGUGUUGUUCCCAAUCCAAGAGUUAUGGGAUUGGCCUCUGUUGUCCACAACGGCGUCCGAAUUCCAUUCAACUUGGAGCACAUUCACACUCCUCCUUUCAGAUGCUCUGCACUUCACCACCCCAUCUCUUCCUUUUGCUCAGGGUUUUCUUUGUGUGUGUGGCAGUGUACCAUUAUCGUCCUCCUCACCGCUUCCCACUUCUGUGCUCCAGACGAAUUGGCCACCACAAUUAUGCCUCAGAAGUAAAGAGGAUUAGUGCUCAACAAAAUGAUGACAUAGGCAAAGUUGAGAAAUCUCCCACUCAGGAAUCUCUGGCAAAUGAAGAUUACAGUUCCUCCGUUAGAACUGUAGCAUUAUGGGUGUGCACUGCAGUGGCAUUUGGUGUUGGUUUGGGUUUUAAGGAGGGUUUUGACAAGGCAUCCGAAUUCUUUGCUGGGUAUAUAUUGGAGCAAAGUCUUUCUGUAGAUAAUCUCUUUGUCUUUGUUCUAAUAUUCAAUUACUUCAAAGUGCCAGUUGCAUAUCAGAAUCGUGUGCUUUCCUAUGGUAUUGCUGGUGCAGUUGUAUUUCGCCUGACAUUAAUACUUAUUGGAACAGCCACCCUGCAGAGAUUUGAGGCAGUCAACCUUCUCUUGGCUGCAAUUUUACUCUUCUCAUCAUUUAAGCUAUUUGCCAGUGAAGAAGAUGAGUCUGACUUAUCUGAUAACUUUGUGGUGAAGACAUGUCAGAAAUUUAUCCCUGUAACAACGUAUUAUGAUGGAAAUCGAUUCAUAACAAAUCUGGAUGGGGUGUGGAAGGCCACCCCUUUGCUUCUUACUGUAGCUGUUAUCGAGCUCAGUGACAUUGCAUUUGCGGUUGACUCAAUACCUGCAGUUUUUGGUGUAACACGGGAUCCAUUUGUAGUCUUUACGUCUAAUCUUUUUGCCAUUUUGGGUUUAAGGUCACUUUUCUUAAUAAUUUCUGAGGGUAUGUCAGAGUUGAAGUACUUACAGCCGUCCAUUGCUAUCGUUCUGGGAUUUGUUGGGGUUAAGAUGAUCCUCGACUAUUUUGGAUUCCAUGUCUCAACGGAGGCAUCUCUUGCUUUUGUAGCCUCAAGUCUUACCAUUGGAGUGGUAUUAAGUCUGGCUAACAAGUCUGAUUAGCUUAGAAACUCAAUUCCAACUCAUCAUGAAUUGAGCUCUAUAUGAUUAGCUUAAAUUUCAUCAUCCUCUCUACCCCUACACACCCCCUCCUCCCCAAAACAAUAAAAAACCCAUGUUUUCUUCUUUUAUGUUGAAAACCCUGUAGUGAGAAUGAUUUGUUUAAUACAUUGGUGUCAAUUGCCCAUAGAGGAAUAAUUUGUAGCCUGUACUAUAGCUUAAGUUGAUGUUCAAUGCUAAAAUAUGGUAUCUGUUGUAAUGUUCACUUCACA